CGUUCAUGUUUUUACUUAACAGCGUACCACUGUUCUACGGAAGCCCAGAGACGACCAGGGGGUAAACAAUCUGGGUUGGCAAUUUGGGAAGAUUACAUCCACAAGUCUAUGGAGAGGCGGUUUUUAGUUAUUCUUUCGCUGUCUGAAGAUGUGGCGUAUUAUACGCUCUUAGACCGAUUGUGAUUUUGGCUCGUUUUUUUGUAUUGAGUUCGUGCGUUUUAUGUUGUAUUUUGGCUGAAAAGUGUCGAUGGUAUCUGGCAACAACCGACAUGAGACGACGACGAAGAAGAAGUGGUUGCUAAGCUAAUAGCGUACAUGGUAACCGGUUUCCCCAACAGUUGACUAGAAACAAUCAACUCUUUUGGAUAUCUACAUUUAUCAAUUAAACACGCGUUGGCGUGAACGAAACUGUAUCGUCGCCGUGUUAAUAAUGAUGUCGGUAUAAUUGCGCAGACACAUCGGUGAGGAGCAUCGAGAGCUAACGUAUGCUAACUUAUUAGCUUCUAAACUAAUAAUGUUUGACAUUUCCGCUUAACAAAUCGAUUUUUUCAAACUGAAGCUUUUGCCUGCUUUUUUUCCUCGCGGAAUGUUUACGAAAACAAUCCAAACAAAGAAAAAGUUUAACCUUCUCUGGCGGAUUAACGUGCUAACUUGAUACAUCCUAUAUAGCAAUACUGUACAGGUUUUGCUGAUCGAUAUUUACUCGUCGAUAAAUAGAUUCUCCCGAAGCGAAUGCAUAGUGGCUGAAUCUUGUAUUUAUCAUGGAGAAGGAACAGCACAAUACUGUUGUCUUCAACGCCUCAAAAAGAGAGUUGUUUACCACCAGCAAUGGAUACAAAUCCAUACAGAAGCACAUUAGGACUCAGUGGAAAAUCCAAAGUAUGAAGGAAGAGUUGUCAUCCGACAAAGUGAAGGGUGUGAAGUUGUGGAUAACGACAGGACCGAGAGAGAAGUUUACAGCAUCAGAGCUGGAAGUACUGAAACACUACCUGGAUGAUGGAGGCAAUAUCCUGGUCAUGCUUGGGGAAGGAGGAGAAAAGAAAUUUGACACAAACAUCAACUUUCUCCUGGAAGAGUUUGGAAUUAUGGUUAAUAAUGAUGCUGUUUUCCGAACCAGGUACUACAAGUACUAUCAUCCGAAGGAAGCACUUGUGUCUGACGGUGUGCUGAACAGGGAGAUCAGCCGGGCUGCUGGCAAAACAAUGCCAGGAAUGACUGAAGAUGACAAUGUUGGAAAUAACACACAGGCUCUGUCAUUUGUGUACCCGUACGGUGCCACACUGAAUGUGAUGAAGCCGGCUGUGGCUGUUCUUUCAACUGGCUCCAUCUGCUUCCCCCUCCACCGGCCUGUCAUGGCCUUCUAUCAAGGAAAGGGGACGGGCAGAUUGGUCGUAGUUGGUUCCUGCCACAUGUUCAGUGAUCAGUUCAUAGACAAGGAGGAGAACAGUAAAAUCCUGGGUGUCGUUCUCCAGUGGCUCAUGACGGAUAAUAUUCAGCUGAAUCAGAUUGAUGCGGAAGACCCAGAGAUCACAGAUUACACCAUGUUGCCACACAUUGGCUGUUUGUCAGAACAGCUCACGCAGUACUUCCAAGAGGGCGACGAAAACCCCAGGGACUUCACCUCUCUUCUGGAUGUUUCGUUUUUCAGUCUGUCGACAGAUACUUUACCCCAAGUGCUCAGUGUUUAUAAGCAUCUUAACGUCAAAGAUGAGCCACUUCAGCUGAUCGCACCACAAUUUGAGACCCCCCUGCCUCAGUUGCAACCUGCCGUCUUUCCUCCAAUCUUGAGCGAUUUGUCCCCACCAACGCUGGACCUGUUUGAUUUAGAUGAAGCGUUUUCUUCUGAGAAAGUGCGCCUAGCGCAGCUCACCAAUAAAUGCACGGAUGACGACCUUGAGUUUUACAUCAGGAAAUGUGGUGAAAUUCUGGGCGUGACUCCCAAGUUGGACAAAGAUCAGAGGGAUGCGAAGCACAUAUUGGAGCACAUUUUCUUCCAAGUUGCAGAGUUCAAGAAACUCAAUCAAGAACAUGAUGUCAACACUGAGGGACCACGGUUCACCCCUUCUUGACUGCAUCAAAAUUACUUUUAAUGUUUCAGAAUUUUUUUAAUAAACAUGAUCAAUUACUCU